GCGCGGCGCGCCGGGGACAACGGCGGACGGCGGCGGCGGCAUGCGGCUUCUCGCGCUGCCCACCGUGGGCUGAGACGGCCGCAGCGCGGGCGGGAGGCGCGGCGGCCGGCGAGCCGAAGGCGCAGCCAGCCGGGCAGACCGUGGACAGCGGUCGGCGCGCCGCGCCAUGGGCCGAGCCGGGGGCGGGGGCCCGGGCCGGGGACCGCCGCCGCUGCUGCUGCUGCUUCUGGGGGCCACGCUGGUCCUCGCCGCCGGGGCCGCGCCGGCGCGUGAGGCGGGCAGCGCCGUCGAGGCUGAGGAGCAGGUGAAAAGCGUCCUGGAGUGGGAGCCGCGUGCCAACAGCACGCGGGAGAAGGCCGGCCCACCAGCUGCUGGGGAGGAUGAGACCUCAUGGACUGCACCUGGCGGCCAGCCGGCUGUGGUGGGGCCUGGGGCCAGGCCAGAGGAGGCACUGGAGGCGUCCGCGGCAGUGACCGGCACCGCCUGGCUGGAGGCCGACAGCCCGGGCCUGGGUGGAGUGACCGCAGAGGCGGGCAGCGGCGACACCCAGGCCCUUCCAGCCACGCCCUCGGCUCCUGAGGAGGCCCUGGGACAGUCAUCGAUGCCCACUGUUACCCCCGAGGCUACAGAGGCAAGCGGACCACCCUCCCCCACUCCUGACGACAAGCUGAGCCCAGGCUCCGAGCUCCCCAAGGAGAGCCCCUUAGAGGUUUGGCUGAACCUGGGAGGCAGCACACAUGACCCACCUGGGCCAGAGCCCACAUUCCCCGUUCAGGGCACACUGGAGCCCCAGCCGGCGUCAGAUAUAAUUGACAUCGACUACUUCGAAGGAUUGGAUGGUGAGGGCCGUGGCGCCGACCUGGAGAGCUUCCCAGGGUCGCCAGGAACCUCAGAGCACCACCCCGAUAGCGGGGGAGAGACCCCUUCCUGGAGCCUGCUUGACUUAUACGAUGACUUCACCCCCUUUGAUGAAUCUGACUUCUACCCUACUACAUCCUUCUAUGAUGACUUGGAGGAAGAGGAAGAGGAAGAGGAGGAUGACAAGGAUGCAGCAGGAGGUGGAGACCUGGAAGAUGAAAGUGACCUUCUGGUGCCCACUGAGAAGCCUGGUCUGGGGCCCGGGACUGGCCAGCCCACCAGUCGGUGGCAUGCCGUCCCCCCACAGCAUACUCUGGGGAUGGUCCCUGGCAGCAGCAUCGCCCUCAGGCCCCGCCCAGGAGAGCCAGGCAGGGACCUGGCCCCAAGUGAGAAUGGCACCGAGUGCCGCAGCGGCUUUGUGCGGCAUAAUGGCUCCUGCCGGUCAGUGUGCGACCUCUUCCCAAGUUACUGUCACAAUGGCGGCCAGUGCUACCUGGUGGAGAACAUAGGGGCCUUCUGCAGGUGCAACACGCAGGACUACAUCUGGCACAAGGGGAUGCGCUGCGAGUCCAUCAUCACCGACUUCCAGGUGAUGUGCGUGGCCGUCGGCUCAGCCGCCCUCGUCCUGCUCCUGCUCUUCAUGAUGACUGUGUUCUUUGCCAAGAAGCUCUAUCUGCUCAAGACGGAGAACACUAAGCUGCGAAGGACCAACAAAUUCCGGACCCCGUCGGAGCUCCACAACGAUAACUUCUCCCUCUCCACCAUUGCCGAAGGCUCUCACCCAAACGACUACCUAGGCACCAGGGAUAAAGCGAAGAACAGAAUGGACCAAAAGCCCAGCCUGAUGGCGCUUACUUCCCAGUGUCAUGAUGUUCAUACAAGAGAGGGAGAGAGCCCAAGCAGGAAAAGUGGAAGGCAGAGGGAGAAGCAGACUCCCCUCUGAGCAGGGAGCCGGACGUGGAGCUCGAUCCCAGGACCCCGAGAUCAUGACCUGAGCUGAAGGCAGAUGCUUAACUGAGCCACCCAAGUGCCCCUGUUACUUACAUUUUCUAUAUCUUAAUGAUUUUUUGCCUGCUUUUUCUAUUGAUUGUGAGAAAUGGGUUUAAAUUUUUCCAAUGUGAUAGUGGGUUUGUCUGUUUCUCCUUAUAGCUAUAUCAAUUUUUGUUUUGCAAAAUACAAGACCAUGUUACGGGAUGCAUACAGAUUUAGAACGAUUAUAUCCUGCUGAAUUGAACCUUUAUAGCAUCAUGGGGUGACCAUCUCUAUUGUUGUAAUGACUUUGGCCAUUUUAUCAUGGUACCAUAGUUAUAUCAGCUUUCCUUUGGUUAGUGCUUACAGAAUGUACAUUUCUUUUCUUCUCUCUUUUUUUUCCUUUUCCUUUUCCUUUCUUUUCUUUCUUUUUCACUUUCAACCUUCCUGUAUCCUUUUGUUUUAGAUAUUUAUCUUGUAAACAGCAUAUGGUUGGUUUUACCAGGCUGGAAAUAUUUUCUUUUUCAACUGAAAGAUUUAGUCCACUUACAUUACAAUUACUGAUAAACUUGGAUUUAAGCCUCCCACUUUACUAUGAACUUUAUCUUUAUUCUCUGUUCCUCUUUUUUCUUCUUUUCAUCUUUUAGAUUUUCCCAAUUUUUAAUUUUUUUUACAUCAAAACACUCUAUGCUUCUUUCUAAUAUCUAACAAAAUAUUUUUUUUCUUUCUUCUUUAAACUCUACACCCAACGUGGGGCUUGAACUCACAACCCUGAGAUCAAGAGUCACAUGAUGCUCUACCAACUGAGCCAGCCAGGCACCCCUGACAAGAUGUUUUUAAACAAUCUCCUCUCAAAAUCUGUGUGUUGAAUUGGAGCUUCAAACUUGUCUUCAUUAUCAUUUGCCCAGUUUGCAAAAUGAAAUGGUUAUUUUUAUCAUUCCAUGUUUUGCCACUCUCAGUAUGAAAGUUAUUAACUCUUUUUCUAUAUAUUUAGCGGCUUCUCUAGAACACUCCUGACCAAUUUCCCAUCUUGUGCUCACUGGAAGUGUUCUACAUUUAUGCUGUCCUCUAGAAGCCACUGGCUACAAGUGGCUAUUGAACGUUUGAAAUGCAGCUUAAUAAAAUUGAGGACCUGGGAGCACCUGGCUGGCACAGUGGGUAGAGCACCUGACUCUCGGUCUCUGGGUUGUGAGUUCAAGCCCCAUGUUAGGUAUGGAGAUUACUUAGACACACACACAAAAAAUCUUCCCCGACGUGGCACCUGGGUGGCUCAGUGGGUUGAGCCUCUGCCUUCAGCUCAGGUUAUGAUCUCAGGGUCCUGGGAUCGAGGCCCGAACUGGGCUCUUUGCUCAGUGGCAAGGUGGCAGAGAUCACCUUGUCUGGCUUGCCAGUCAAGGAAGCUUUGGGAGCCUGCUUCCCCCACCCCGUCUCUCUCUGCC